AUGGGACCAACCUCCCCACUCCCCUCGCUCCUCGCCCCCUCUACUCGAUCCAGAUUGGGGCAACGGUGCCCCGACCCCAUCGUCCUCGACACGCUCGCCGCCCGGAGCGCCUGGACCUCGCUGAAGCCACCCCGCCGGCCUGCCUCCUCGCCUCCUCAUCCUGCUCCUCGUCAGAGCAUCGUCCCCGUCCGACACCCCGAGCCCCGCUGCCAUUACCCCACGAACGCCGGUGAGACGACGAGCCUCCCAUCUCCCCCUGUCAGACGCCAUCCGCCGCGCCCGACCCGCACCUGGACCAGCCACAUCGGCCCUCGCCCCGCACCCCUUCCCUGCACGCCGCUCGAGGCCGCACCCAGCGCACCUCCGCACGCGCCCUGGCGCGCGAGCCUGCACCGCUGCCUCGCUCGAUGCCGCCAGCUACCGCGCCCGCCCCCGCUCGCCUCGGCCACAUCGGCCACGCGCUGCAUCGCCCGGCCGCGCUCACCGCAGCCCCGCCCCACCCGACGCUCGCGCCGUCCGCUUCGGGCCUCGCCGCAGCCGCACCCUGUGCGCGCCGCCCGCCCGUGCUGCGCCCCUGCUCGUGGUGCGCGCCCGCGCCCCGAGCCCACGCCCCCCGCUGCCCCGCCUCACCGGCGCUGCUGCAGCUCGCUGGACCCGUCGCCUCUGCCGCCCGCUCGCCACACCCGCACGCGCUGCUCCUUCCCGCUCACCCUGUCCCACGCCGAGGAGCCUCCGCCCCUCUCGCCGCGGCCUCGCCCGCCCAUCGUCUGCUUCCGGCCGCCCUGCUACGUGUCGGCAGCCGCGACCCUCCCCAUGCUCCGCCCGGUCGCAGCCGCCGGAGCUCCACGCCGGUGCGCUGGCGCCCGCGCCCACCAGCCACCCCACGGCGCCCAGUCGGGUGUGCCCCCGCGGGCCAGCACCCGUUCGGGCUGUGUCCGUUAG